AUGAAACAGAACAACCAGGAAGAACCUCAACUCUUGGCGUUCUUCUCAGAAAGGGGCAUCACCUGGAGGUUCACCGCCGAGCGGGCAGCCUGGUGGGGUGGAUACUGGGAAAGACUCGUCAGGUCAGUGAAAACAUGCCUGAGAAAGGUUCUUGGGAAAGCUUCACUCAACUUUGAAGAGAUGUGCACAGUCCUGACAGAGGUUGAAGCUAUCCUAAAUUCUAGGCCUCUGAUCUUUGUGCACAAUGAAGUGGAUGAACCACAACCCCUGACCCCAGCACACUUCCCGGUGGACGGGAGACUGCUCUUCAGACAGGAGACUGCUCUUCAGACAGGAGACUGCGCUUCAGACGGGACACUGCUCUUCAGACAGGAGACUGCUCUUCAGACAGGAGACUGCUCUUCAGACAGGAGACUGCUCUUCAGACAGCAGACUGCGCUUCAGACAGGAGACUGCUCUUCAGACAGGAGACUGCUCUGCAGACAGCAGACUGCUCUGCAGACAGGAGACUGCUCUUCAGACAGCAGACUGCUCUGCAGACAGGAGACUGCUCUUCAGACAGGAGACUGCUCUGCAGACAGGACACUGCGCUUCAGACAGGACACUGCUCUUCAGACAGCAGACUGCUCUGCAGACAGGAGACUGCUCUUCAGACAGCAGACUGCUCUGCAGACAGGACACUGCGCUUCAGACAGGAGACUGCUCUUCAGACAGCAGACUGCUCUGCAGACAGGACACUGCGCUUCAGACAGGAGACUGCUCUUCAGACAGGAGACUGCUCUUCAGACAGGAGACUGCUCUUCAGACAGGAGACUGCUCUUCAGACAGGAGACUUCUCUUCAGACAGCAGACUGCUCUGCAGACAGGACACUGCGCUUCAGACAGGAGACUGCUCUUCAGACAGCAGACUGCUCUGCAGACAGGAGACUGCUCUUCAGACAGCAGACUGCUCUGCAGACAGGAGACUGCGCUUCAGACAGGAGACUGCGCUUCAGACAGGACACUGCUCUUCAGACAGGAGACUGCUCUUCAGACAGGAGACUGCUCUACAGACAGCAGACUGCUCUUCAGACAGCAGACUGCUCUGCAGACAGGACACUGCGCUUCAGACAGGAGACUGCUCUUCAGACAGGAGACUGCGCUUCAGACAGGAGACUGCUCUUCAGACAGGAGACUGCUCUUCAGACAGGAGACUGCGCUUCAGACAGGAGACUGCGCUUCAGACAGGAGACUGCGCUUCAGACAGGAGACUGCUCUUCAGACAGGUGACUGCUCUUCAGACAGAUCAUGUAUAUGUUUUUGCUGUUUGUUCUUUGUUACAGAGCCAAAAAGAUUGGAGAAGUGGUUUAUCCACACAUCCCAAUUUUGGAUAGAUGACUCUUUGUGUUUGUAACGGCCGUUGUUGGUGGAAGAAGGUGAGGACCAAGGUGCAGCGUGGGUGGACUGGCCCUGGGGAUGGUUGUUGAGUAGCUUGGUGAGGAGGGACAGGUGCCUAUCACAAUACAUGGAAACUAGUUUGUUUUGUGGCUGGUUCCUCUCUACCCGACACAGCCAGAAGAGGACUGUCCACCCCUCACAGCCUGGUUCCUCUUUACCCGACACAG